AUGCAUGGUUUAUUAUCAUCGAACAGCGAAACUUUGCAGUUUUCUUUGGAUGACAGCCCAUUAGAUAACAAUGUCGCAGUACGUAUUGGAGAAGUAUUGCGCGAUCGCACCGAUUUGGCUCUGUUUGUAUUUGUUCUCGGUGUAUCUAUCGUAUUGCUUCUCGUUAUGAUAAAAUAUUUUGUACUGCAGCCUAUUCGAUUUCUGAACAAUUUAAUAAAUGGUCCGGCGGUUCAUCGUUACUAUGCGAGAGAUGUGCUGAACGCUACGAUGAAUGAUGCAAAUCUACAGAGAUUGAGUAUAUCUUCGGAUGAAGAUUCAAGUUCAACGCGUUUGCUAUCUCCCAUCUUCACAGGCAAGAAAAACAAUACAACAAGUUCAUCAUUGAACGGAGAAAUGGAGGAUUUAUCACCUGAAAAUAUGGAAAGCGAUCUUAUGUCGCCUUCAAUUGUGGAUGAAGAGGUGGUCUUUUCGAUAAAUUCGGGCAGAAACAUGCAACUAAUCGCUUUACCGUUGAGUAAUUCAGUUAACGUGCCUUUGCCUGAGAAUUUACCGGAGAACAAUGCUCAACUACCAGAAACUAUGGCCAGAUACCCGCCAUCAUAUGAAGACGCCAUUGCUGAAGAAACUGCAGUUGAACGAUGGUUUAGAUACGAUUCUUUAUGGUUGCACGAUUCUGCAACCUGCAGUAGUCGUUACGAUGACAUUCCUUCUCCAUAUGAGGAAAUCAUGGUCUCUUCACAUAAUUCUAUGAACACUGCGCACUCACACGUCUCUAGCGAAUACGUUGCCAACGAACGGGAAAAUGAACAACGAACCUCUUCCUCUACCCGUAAUGAAUCAUCGAGGAAUCUUCGGCACCGCAAUUAUGAGGAAUAA